GGCUUUUUGAGCAUCCGACUAAUCCUCGCUGUCCGGGUUUCCGAUGAUCUCCCGUUCCACCACGUGCACGGAUCGAUAACCAGAGCCCACCCGAGGCCGGCCUCGAGGGAUCGUGCGAGCCUGGUGAUCCGCGCUCUGUGUUCCAACCCGGCGAGGCGAAAACGCUCGUCGCUGGAGCAACCGCCACGGUCCUUUCGAACGCAUUUAACUGUGCAUUUGCAAGUCAAACGUAAGACAGGUUGCAGACGUUUCUUGUAUCCCCGGUUUCUUUUCCCUCUCUUUUUCCUCUCUCGUUCUCUCCCACUCAAUGCAUAUGCGUCUCCAUCACUAUUAAUUCUUGAUAGUAGCGGUUAUUAUUCUUCUGGGUCUCUCUCUCUCUCUCUCUCUCUCUCUCGUCAAGCCCACAAUUUUUUAAUCAUCCUGAAGGGAAUCCCAGUUCAAGAUUCCUCUCAGGAAAGGAGUUCAUUGGCUUAACAAGAUCUCGUUCGGGCAAAAAGUUGUCUGCUUCGUCUCUCUGUUUCCUCUUGCAAGUUUGUGCCUUUCCUUGCGAAAUACAGUAAGUUUCAGAGCAUGGUAGUGGCCAGAAACAGAGCAUGGACUUGAAGAAGAAAGAGAAGGUUGUAAGAUUUUCUAGUGAUGGAAAGCGAAAUCUUGGCGUUUCCUGGGAAAAGAAUGAUCCCACACACUUGGAAAAGCCAUUGCCUUUGUACAAGACACCGGCAGCAACACCUCUGCUGAGACCUGAUGGUGAUCCUGCCAACAGGAUUAAGGACGAUUACAGGGUCCCGAAAUUUGGGAAGUCCAAGAAGGUUGUCCCCGAAAACCAGGAGCCACGGAAGAGGCGGAUUCUCGACCCGGGGAGCAGAAUCUUCUUGCGGUGGAACAGGAUUUUCCUCUUCUCCUGCCUGGUGGCACUGUUCAUCGACCCCUUGUUCUUUUACCUGCCGUCAGUGGUGAACCGCGACGGUUCGUCCUGCCUGACCACAGAUUUGAAUUUGGGGAUCGUCGUGACGUGUUUCCGGACGGCAGCAGACGCCUUUUACGCUCUCCAUGUGGUGGUGAAGUUCCGGACGGCUUAUGUUUCCCCGAGCUCGAGAGUGUUUGGGAGGGGUGAGCUCGUUAUGGAUCCGAAGAAAAUUUCCAGGAGGUAUUUGAGAUCGGAGUUCUGGGUUGAUUUGCUGGCGGCAUUGCCUCUUCCGCAGAUUGUGAUCUGGUUCAUCAUACCUGCAAUAAAAAGUUCCCACGCGGAUCACACCACGAACACUCUUGUGCUGAUUGUUCUGCUCCAGUACGUCCCGAGAUUGUAUCUGAUCUUCCCAUUGAGUUCUCAGUUGAUCAAAGCCACCGGCGUAGUCACGAAAACUGCUUGGGCCGGAGCGGCAUACAAUCUUGUAUUGUACAUGUUAGCCAGUCAUGUCCUGGGCGCAUCGUGGUAUCUGUUGUCGAUUGAGCGACACGCUACGUGCUUGAAAUCCGAAUGCGACAAGGAACUUAGCCCCGUGAAGUGCUUCCUUCGUUACCUGGAUUGCGGUAUGCUGGACGAUGGCCAGCGCAUCAUAUGGGGCAAUGGCACGAGCGUCUUCAGCAAUUGCGACCCGAACGGGAAUAUCACGUUCCAGCAUGGCAUAUUUGCGAAUGCCUUGACGCAGAAUGUCGUGUCCUCAGAUUUUCUGGAGAAGUAUCUGUACUGUCUGUGGUGGGGAUUGCAAAACUUAAGUUCGUAUGGCCAAAGUUUGGCGACAAGCAUGUUCAUCGGGGAGACCUCGUUCGCCAUACUCAUCGCGAUUCUCGGUCUCGUUCUGUUUGCCCAUUUGAUUGGAAACAUGCAGACAUAUCUGCAGUCUCUCACUGUGAGACUUGAGGAGUGGAGGCUCAAACGGCGGGACACGGAGGAGUGGAUGAAGCACCGGCAACUCCCCCAGGAUCUUCGAGAGCGCGUCCGGCGCUUUGUGCAGUACAAGUGGCUAGCGACUCACGGGGUCGAUGAGGAGUCGGUUUUGCACGGUUUGCCUGCCGACCUCCGUAGAGAUAUCCAGCGCCACCUAUGCUUGGACCUCGUUCGGCGAGUCCCCUUUUUCUCGCAAAUGGAUGAUCAGCUGCUUGAUGCCAUUUGCGAGCGCCUCGUCUCCUCGUUGUGCACUCAGGGCACGUACAUAGUCCGCGAAGGGGACCCGGUGACGGAGAUGCUCUUCGUCAUCAGGGGCAGGCUGGAUAGUUCGACGACCAAUGGAGGGCGGACAGGGUUCUUCAAUUCGAUCACCCUGAGGCCCGGCGACUUUUGCGGGGAGGAGCUACUUACGUGGGCGUUGCUCCCGAAGUCGACUCUCAACCUGCCUUCUUCCACGAGAACCGUGAGAGCCCUGGACGAAGUGGAGGCGUUCGCUCUGCGGGCAGAGGAUCUAAAGUUUGUCGCGAACCAGUUCAGGCGCCUCCACAGCAAGAAGCUGCAGCACACGUUCCGCUUCUACUCUCACCACUGGAGGACGUGGGCGGCGUGCUUCAUUCAGGCGGCGUGGCGCAGACACAAGAAGAGGAUGAUGGCGAAGAGCCUCAGCAUGAGGGAGUCCUUCUCGUUGGCCUCCGAGGAGCACGAGAUGCUGGAAGACGAGACGGAAGAGCAAGGAGACGAAGGCGAGGACCGGAGCAUCGCGUCCUCGGCUUCUUCUCAAGUCAGGCAACAUCUGGGUGUCACGAUAUUGGCUUCGCGAUUCGCAGCCAACACGAGGAGAGGAGCUCAGAGGGCAAAAGGCGUCGAAUUGCCCAAGCUGCGAAAGCCCGAAGAGCCGGACUUCUCUGCAGAGCCCGACGAUGAGUGAACAAACACCGACUCAUAUAAACGGAACUCGAAAGCAUCAACAUUCACAUGAAAGUGAUACACCACCUAGGAGAUAGACCAUUGAAACCUGUUAAGAUCAAUCAACUUAGUCCUGAAACGGUUGCUCAUGUCCAUAACCUCCUCAAAAGGGUGAGCUGAUGCAUCAGUUAGGCGACACAUUCCACUACUCCACUGCCCUGCUUACUAUGCACCAGGAGCUGAUCGUGUUCAAACUUCAUCAUAGUCGAAGAGGCGACACGAAAGCACCGAAAUUUGGCGGGCACGAAGGUGUACAUUGUCGCGUUCAUUGCAUGGGCCGUCUGCUCUUGCUUAUCGAUACUAGGAGUCCGAUUCAAUCGCACGUUUAACAUUUCAAUGUAGUUCUGAGAUUCCGUCAUUUAGAUGAGCUUGUUUGGAUCAUGUAAAAAAGCUGGAGUUGCAGAUUAGCUGUACUUCUUUUGCUCGUGGCUCUGUCAUUGCUUUCCU